AUGGCUACCAAGCUCCGCGUGGGCAUUCUCGGCGCUGGCGAAGUGGCACAGGUCUGCCAUCUGCCGGUCUUGGGAUUGCUGAGCCAUUUGUACGUGGUCACGGCAAUAUGUGACAUUUCCGCAAAGAAUGUCGCUCAUACGGCAGCCAAGUUUCAUAUUCCACUGGCAACUACAAACCCGCGAGACAUCUUCCAGAGCCCGGACGUCGAUGUCGUUUUCGUUCUUACGUCCGACGAGUUCCACGAAGAAUAUGCCAUCGCGGCCCUCCGAGCGGGCAAGCACGCCAUGGUCGAGAAACCGCUCACGCUGUCCGUCGAUUCCGCCAGGCGAAUUGCUGCUGUUGAAGCCGCUGCAGGAGGACCCCGUGUCUUUGUGGGCUACAUGCGCCGAUACGCCAAAUCGUUUACACAGACCUUCAAGCGCGAGGUGGCGAGCAUCCCUCGCAUUCUCUACGCAAGAUCUAGGGACUUCAGCGGGCCCAACUCCAAAUUUGUCGACGAGUCGGGCACGUUUGCGGUCAGGAACACGGACUUCCCGGCUGAUGCUAGCAAAGCCCGCUCGCAGAAGCUGGAUUUGCUGUAUCGCGAAGCCUUCCCAGAUCACACUGGUUCACUGACCAACCAACACGUCAAGUACUGCCGCUUCCUCGGAAGCCUUGGAUCCCACGACAUCUCGCUCAUGAGAGAGGCACUUGGGACGCCAGACUCUGUCGGCGGUGUUUCUGUCAACAGCCCUUUCUACUCCGCCAUCUUCAACUACCACAAUCGGACCGGAGGCCGGGAGCCCUUCGCCGUGACGUACGAAUCUGGCAUCGACGCCGUGCCGGAAUUUGACGCACAUCUGGCCGUGUACGGAGAGAAGAAACGGGUCACGAUCAAGUACGAUUCGCCGUACGUCAAAGGACUUCCGAUCAAAGUCGUUGUGCAGGAGCUCAAUGAAGCCGGGGAAAUGCAGACGAGGGAGAUGUUGGGCUCGUAUGAAGACGCAUAUACCUCCGAGCUGCUGGACUUGCACCAGUGCCUCACGCAAGACGGAGAGAUCAAGACGUCUUUGAGCGAUGCGAUCCAGGAUCUACAGAUCUUCGACGGAAUGUAUCGCAGUUGGAUGGCUUCACAUACCGAGCCCUUGGCUCAUGGAGUCUCCAAUGGAACUUUGAGCAACGGGCAUUGA